AUGAUUGUCUCCAUCGCCGGCUUGGUUGCCCUGUCUGCUCUCGCCACAGCCCAUGGUGACCAUGGCCAGUCCCAGCUUGCUGGUCCACACCAAGGACUUUGGUACAACACACUCCCAGGAGAUGGUGGCACGCAGGCCGACUCCGUAUUCUCAGGAAUCUCAACUUUCGGCCGCCUGCCCUAUUACCCAUGCCUGGCUAGCGACGCCGAGAAAUACGACAUCGCUUUCCUAGGUCAGUCAACACCAGCUGGUCUACAGCAAGAUCAUACAAAGCCCUUACUCACACUUCCACCAAACAGGUGCCCCCUUCGAUACCGGAACCUCCUACAGACCCGGCGCCCGGUUCGGACCCAGCGGUAUCAGACAAGGUUCUCGCCGCCUCAAUCUGUAGUACGUAUCAUCUCCAACAAGCAGAGAUGCUUCCACAUGGCACGACGAAGCUCACAAAAACUGGCCUUCAGUGGUGGCUACAAUGUGCCUUUGCAGGCGAACCCGUUUACUAGCGAUAUGCGGAUCUUGGAUUGUGGCGAUGUUCCUGUUACAUCAUAUGACAACGCCUGGGCAAUCCGGCAGAUCGAGGAAGGACACAACAGCAUCCUGAUGCGCAAGCCAUACCUUGACGCGAAUAAACCGGGUCUUUCACGUGCCGGCAAGACCCUUCCUCGUGUUAUUACCCUUGGUGGUGAUCAUACCAUCACACUGCCCUUGCUGCGAAGUAUCAAUAAGGCCUAUGGGCCUGUAACAGUGAUUCAUUUUGAUAGUCAUUUGGACUCGUGGAAACCGAAGGUCUUCGGUGGCUCUCCUAGUGAGGUUGCAGCUAUUAAUCACGGCACAUACUUCUACCAUGCGGCGAUGGAAGGAUUGUUGAGGAAUGAUACUAAUAUUCAUGCUGGUAUUCGUACGACGUUGUCUGGGCCUUCUGAUUAUGACAAUGAUGGGUACUGCGGGUUUGAGAUUGUUGAGGCGAGGGAGAUCGAUGUUAUUGGAACGGACGGUAUUAUCAAGAAGAUUCGCGACCGUGUCGGAACUGACAAUCCGGUUUAUCUUUCUAUUGAUAUUGAUACUUUGGAUCCUGCUUUCGCACCGGCUACCGGCACGCCAGAGACUGGCGGGUGGUCUACACGCGAACUGCGGACGAUUAUCCGUGGUCUUGACGGGUUGAACUUUAUUGGUGCGGAUAUCGUUGAGGUCGCGCCGGCUUAUGAUACCAAUGCAGAGUUGUCGACGAUGGCUGCCGCUGAUGUGCUGUAUGAAGUCCUUACUAUCAUGGUCAAAAAAGGCCCUUUGUCUAUUGGGGAGGAGUCUCAUGAGCUGUGA